AUGAAUCUAUUGAGCAAAAACAACAAUACUCUACCACUUCUACGAGCGGCAGAAGAGGUGAAAGAGCAACCGGCACGGGAUCGGUACUCGGCAGUGGCUAGUCAACCCCCUCCGCCGUCGAAGAAAGCACCAAAAGUACCAGUCAGUAGUAAACAAAUACCGAUUCGCUCGAUUCGAUCGUCCGGUUUUCUCUCAAUAGACGAUUGCCAUUCAUUCAGCAUUCGGUUAUGUCGGCGAGGCAAGUUACGAGGCGCGUCAGGAAAGUUCGAUAGUCAAGGGAAUUUCGAGCGGAGCCCUCGUAGGACGAAAAUGGGGCUGGUGAAAUGUGCCGUAUUCGUGCUGUUGGUCGGGGCGGUUGUUCGUGGGGAGAACGAGGGUGAAAAUGUCGAGGAUGGUGCCCGGGAAAUGAGGGAGUUUAAUCCAGAAGGCUGGAGAGCCGUCGAGACGUUUCCCACCGGCGACCUGGGCUGGAUGCCCAGAGAGGACGCGAAAGACGGCGAGCAAGUCAAGCUGAAGCGCCGGCGGCUGCGCAAGCGCAAACGCCGCCCCCCGACGCAGGAGCCCGACGGCGAGGAGGCGCCGCCGAGGCGGAGGCUGCGCCCCUUCAGGCUGGACCAGGCGGCGCUGCCUUGGGAGGAAAUCGGCGACGGCAACGACGCGCCCCACAACAGAAGGAGAAUACCGUUGCCUUACACCGAAGACGCCAAAGGUAACUCCACCGAAGAGGAGGCUACGCUGGAAUCUUCUAUGAUGGUGGAAGGUAAAUUGGACGCGCAGAAAUCCAUAGCGGAUUUGAAGAGCUUGCUGAAACAGUCCGGCGGUCGGUUGAGUUUAAGCGAAAUUUUACAACAGAAGAAUUUAUCGUUGGCGGAACUGCUGCAGGGCAACGAGAAAGCCAUAUCGGCUCUAACAGAAAAACCCCAAACCACCACGGAAUUGUCCAACACGCACAAACAUCCAGCUACGACCGAAGAAACGGCUCUAACUCGAGAGCAAACCACGGAAGCGCAGAGAAAAAGACUGGCCGUACUCCAACCGAAAGAGAACAAAAUAUUCACAACACUCAUCAAAUUCGACGUCAUAAACGAACCUACCACAGACAGGAGGAUAUUCAUUCCGGCAAAUUCAAAAUUCACCGGCGUGGAGUACACCAACAUCGAAGAAGACAACACCGCGACCUCCCCAAUUACUACAACAACAACCACUGAAAAACCGACAACAACUACAACGAAAUCCACCAAAUACAGAAGCAAACUACCCACGACAAACGCCAAACUAAGAGUAACAACCAAGAAAACCGAAAGAGAACCCGUCAAAAUAGCCAUCAAAGACGUAGCGGGUUUCCCAGAGGAACCCCAAGGCCCCAUGAAAGUAUCCCUGGAUAUAGAAAAGAUGUUCGAGAUGAACGAAACGAAAUUCCAAUCGGAAACCACCACGAACGCGUCCGAAGACACGAAUACUACCUACGUCACCGCCAAACAGGAGAUCAUGGAGGUGAUGAAAGAUCCGGCAAGCAGGGAAAAAUUGUCGAGGAUCCUGCAGCACCGGAACAUGACCAUCGAGGAACUGGUGGAGCAACGAGAAAGGGGUUCCAGUCAACUGCACCUCGCCGACAUAUUCCACAACAAAACCAGGGAACCGGAGCCCCAAGAGGAGCCUUUCGUUGGCCAAUUGAGUCCAGAAUUCUUCCAGAACGCCUACAGACAACAAAAAAGCACCCGGUUAGAAGAACCCACUCCGACCAAGACCGCUUCAACUGAGGCUUCUACUACUCCUACUACAACUUCUACUACAACCACUUCUAGUACUGUGGAUAUCGAAGAGAAAGAACCUUUUCCUAUUAUAUCUGUAGAAAUAAACAAAAAAACCGGCAGUUUCCCUUGGAAGCAACUCUACCCGGACCUAUUCCCCGAAACCAACGACAUAGUAACCGAAUUCUCCAACAGCGAAUACUUAGAGAAGAUGAACAUGAACACCAUCAAAAACAACGACGAAGGCUUCUUCAACAGCAUACCCUCCGGAGUGAAGUCCGCCCUGUUCGUCAGCCUCGCCAUCAUAGGCCUCUCCAUAGUGGUGUUCCUGGCCGUACUGCUGGCGUUGAAGUGGAUACAGAGCAAAAACAAAUCGAUGAACUACUGCAGCAGCCUGACGGCCAAACUUCGGGCGCCCAUGAUGCUCCAGGGCAGGCCCACGACGGCCAUAAAGAGCUUCAUGAACGAGACGUUGGGGAGGAAGAAGAACUACUACAAGUCCACGUUGCAGAGCAUGUCCGAUGAAAUUUGGAACGCCAACAGAGACAGAAAGGAGUCGUUUUGA